GGGAGAGGGAGAAGGGAAAAAGCCAUCCUCCCUCCUGUAGAUCCAUCAGUGGGCAGGCAGGAGACGGAUGCAAGCUCUCCUCCCUCCCGCUCUGUUGCAUCCAUCCAUUCUCUUAUCCAUCCACCAUCUCUUCAUCCACCCAUUCAUUUCCAAGGGCGUCGCAAGGGGUGACAAGACCCGACUGAAAGGCACAUACAUGUGAACGUGUGUGUGCGUGAGUCCUCCGUGUAUGUAGCCUGUAGGUACGUGUGCGUCUGCUCUGCUUGAGGAUCCGCUGACAUGAGGAGCUGAAACAGAACCGACAGAAGGAUGAAAAUGCUCCGGUUUCGCAGCCCCAGCAUCCGCUCCUUGGACCAGGAGGUCCUCUGUACGAUCCGGUUACUGGACGACUCUGAGAUCUCCUGCAGCAUCCAGAGAGACACCAAAGGCCAGUUCCUGUUGGACCAUGUGUGUAACCACUACAACCUACUCGAGAAAGACUACUUUGGUAUUCGAUAUGUGGACCCAGAGAAACAGAGGCACUGGCUGGAGCCCAAUAAGCCCGUGGUGAGGCAGAUGAAGUCAGCUCAGCAGCCGUACACCAUGUGCUUCCGGGUGAAGUUUUAUCCCCACGAGCCAAUGAAAAUCAAGGAGGAGCUUACCAGGUAUCUCCUGUACCUCCAGCUGAAGAGAGAUAUCUACCACGGUCGUCUCCUCUGUCCUUUUGCUGAAGCUGCAUAUCUGGGAGCCUGCAUCGUACAGGCUGAGCUCGGGGAUUAUGACCCCGAAGAGCACCCAUCAGACUACAUCAGUGACUUCAAGCUGUUCCCUAAACAAUCCCUCAAACUGGAGAGGAAGAUUAUGGAAAUACACAAGAACGAGCUCAGGGGCCAGUGUGCUGCAUUUGCAGAACUCAACAUGCUCCAAAGGGCUCACAGCCUUGAAACAUAUGGAGUUGACCCUCACCCAUGCAAGGACUUUACAGGCUCCACAGCCUUUCUCGGGUUCACAGCCACAGGUUUUGUGGUCUUCCAGGGAAACAAGAGGAUCCACCUCCUCAAAUGGGUGGAUGUCAGCAAGCUGAAGUUUGAAGGGAAAACCUUUUACGUCAUUGGGAUUCAGAAAGAGAAGAAACUGGUGUUGACAUUUCACACCUCGACCCCUGCAGCGUGUAAGCACUUAUGGAAGUGUGGCGUGGAGAACCAGGCCUUUUACAAGUGUGCAAAGUCGAGUCAGAUAAAGACAGUUUCCAGCAGUAACAUCUUCUUCAAAGGCAGCAGGUUCAGAUACAGCGGAAGAGUAGCCAAGGAAGUGAUUGAAGCCAGUUCCAAGAUUCAGAGAGAGCCACCAGUAGUGCGCAGAGCCCAGUUUGGUCAGAGUCGAAGUUUUAACUCACUGAGCCAUAAAAACCUCAUCAUGAAUAUGGAACCUCUGGUACCUGCACUGCCCUCCACCAACGAAUACGAAGAGACAGCCACAGACAAUGGUGUUGUUGCUGUGAAGGACUCAGUUCCCUUGUCUCCUCUCAAACCUUCAGCCGCACCCACAGACACAGAGCAACAGAGUGCUGAAGGAGGAAACUCUGCUUUGAGCAAUGACCUGCAGCUUCCCCAUGUUUCCAUGGAAACCUCAAAUCUUCGACCGCAGACACCCAAAGCUGAAGAUGAAGUGGAGGAAGACGAUGACGCCAAUGGCGCUCUCACCAUAUCUGAGCUUGUCUACAGCCCCUGUGCCAGCAUGUUGCCCACACCAGUGGACGACAGUCAAGGAGGGGUCGACUUGCUCUUCUCUUCUCCAGUCCAGAGCCCUGCCAGGCUGCUAAGGGAGCUCCAUGCUGACCCUGACAUCCAGGCUCAGCUGGAGGCUGAGAGGGAGAGGGACCGGGCCUACGAAUGCACCCGUCUGGCUGCGAGAAGUCGAAUGGGUGGUGUCCUGACCAGCAGCCUGCGCCUGCUGUCGUCCAAUGAGAGAGUCAAUGCAUGUGUGCUGAGCGUGGCCCGCUUUGUUGCCGUGGUAAUGGGCGUGCUGCUCGUCACUGUGCCCACCCUGCUGCUACUGUUGGAGUCUGACAUUGACGUGUCGUUCCUCCAUGAGAUCCGCCAGACGCCGGAGUUUGAGCAGUUUCACUAUGAGUAUUACUGCCCACUUCGGCGCUGGAUCCUGUGUAAGAUCAGCAUGGCCAUGGAGAACCUGUGGUCAGACUGAAGAGGAAAAGAAACAGAUUGAAAAGGAGAGAGUGAGAAGGCACUGUGGGGGAAACAAACAAGCCAAAAUGUCUGUCUUAACAUGUAAUUUCAUCCUAUAUUCAGUCUUAACUGGUGUCUCUUGAAACAAAAAUCUGCCAAUGGGAUGAAAUCAUUUCACUUGUUUGAGAAGACGUUCAAUUUAUUUUAUGAGCUGGUGAAAUGCAUCACCCAUGAGGGCUCACAAAAUUGUAGUAGGGUGUUUUAUCAAAAGGGACCCCAGAUGGAAAUACCACCAGGGUUCCCAAAAUGAAGACUCCUUAAUGUACAACAGUAUUUGUGAUUGAAUUGCAUUGAUACAAGUGGAUUUCUUUCACCUCUCUGGCAACAUAAUUUAGAGUCUUGAAGAAAAGAGAGAUAAAGGAGAAAUAAGAUUUUAAUCAUACGAUCCAAUUACUUGUUAAGAUAGACACUUUUGGCAGUGAUGAACUGAAAAGAAAGAGGACAAGUAGUACUGUAAGUGUUCAACUCAUGGAAGGGAGAGAUUUGUGAAAAUAAAAUUGAGGCAGGUCAUGAACAGAGAAAAAGUCACAAAAAGAAGCAAAGCUGUUGGUUUACUAGAAGUUUCGAUGGUCUGCUCACUCCUGAUGCUGACAAGUUGAUGCAGAGACUCUGGUAAAUAUCACAAACCCUUCUGAUUGGUUCUCGUCCUCAGAGCAGAGCGCUUGAUUGGUCACAGAGCCUGUCAGUCAUGACGGAGUGGGUGGGAACAGAGAGAGAGAGAAAGAGAGAUGAUUGAUUUGUCACUGAACGCAACAAUAGCCACAGCCACAUUAUAUAUAUUUAAAAACAAAAGAGAAUAUUGAUUAUUAAUACCAAUCUUAAAUAAGUUGUUUUUAAUGUUUUGUACAUUUUUAUGUGAUCCAGAUCUUUCAGGAAUUUUUCAGUCAGAGGAUCUACUUUGAUCUUAUUUUGAAAUUAAGAGUUUACAAAAGAUUACAAAAAAAAGCAAAUUUAUUGAAGUUUAUUGGGGUGAUGGGUGUUGAGAAAUUUAAGCUAUUUUUUAAGACUACCGUCAAUAUUUGUUGACUUGGUAGCACCCUGGGUUUUUCCUACAGAGGCUAUAGCACAAAUCUUUUACACAGACCACAGAUUACAGCUGUUUCAGAUUAUGUGAUGUCAUUUUGGAGACAGGAGGGUGGCAUGAGAGAAACUUUAGUCUGUUAUGCUAAAACAUGUGUGUUUUGUUGAACUUCUAGAUGUCUUCUGACCUAAAUGUUAGCUCACUGAUAAAGGCUACUAGUGCAACUUUCAACGUGGUUUUAGAGAGUUUUAACUUAGAAAUGUAUGAAGGGAAGAAAAGGCUAUUCAUGAGAAAAAGUCCCUGUAUGUUUAAAUUCAAAUGUGAUGAUUUUGGACUUGAUGGUCAUUUGUUGGUUGAUGCUAGUUUUGGGGGAGCUCUGUAUAUGCUUUACUGGGAAUUGAAGAGACAGGAUGGUACAUUUAAACUGGCCAGAGGAACAGGUGUGUAUAGUCCAACUACACUGCUGGUACAUUACACAGGAUGGGACUAGUGGUGCUUUUAAUGGUCUAAAUCUCUCAUACAGGCCGUUUGAUGGUGUAGAAGAUGAUGAUCAGGUGAUAGUACAGUUGGCGGUAUUUAACUUAUAGAAACAGAUCAGCAUUUGUAAGAAAGUGAGUGAUAGCAUCCAGUUGAGCAUCCUGUGUUUAUCAUUUAAAUAACUACAACUGUUUGUAUCUUUGAACAGAGACAGUAUUUUCUUAUUUUAAUGUCAGUGAUGAACAACACAGAGUUAUCAGGAGUUUUAGAUGGGAAGAUGUUUAAAAGUGAAGUUGGAGGAAUGAGAUUUUUGGUACAUACAGCAUAAGGCUGUAUUUAUGGACAUUCACUGUUGAUAUAUCUGGAGUUCCCAAAAAGUCUGGCGCUAUGGAGUCAAAGUUGAAUAAUAUUAAAGUUAAACCAAGAGGGGAGGCAAAACACUGAUUGAAAUUUUUUUAUUUGGUACAGAAAAAUAGAACAGGAGUGAACUGUAGGCUGUGACUUUACAAUAGGAGUUAAUUUGUGUCAAAAUGUAUCAAUCAUACACGAUAUAAUUUACAAUACACAAAGGUGAGGUCACAGUAUGAAACGAACCCAGAUUUAAACUAUGUAAACUUAUGACCUGACUCAACAUUAGGCUAAAGAGAAAGUCAGACUCCAGUAGCCUAGUAACAUUUGGGAACCUAGAGCUACCACAGCAUGAUUGUUCAGCAUUCAGACAGUGCCUGUCAGUUAUAGUAUAGUGGCUCUGAAUGGAGAGGAGAACAAAGAGUUGUAGUGAUGAAAAAUGACUCAAAUGAAAACAUAUGUUGUUAAAAACAAAAAAAAAAAGGUUCUGUUCAAAAUGUAGUUUGAUGUGGAUCAACUUCUCAGGAAAGGGCAUUAGCAGUUUAUGUUCAAAAAAACUAAUGUGUGUCUAAGGAAUAUAUAUAUACAUAUAUAAAAAAAAAGAGAAAAAAUUGAAUCUAAUCACAGCAUAAACCAUAUUGUUUAUCCAUAACAUUCAUACAUGUCUCACUAUUAUGAAUAUCCAAACACUGUAUGUAUUUAUACCAAGUCUAGAGCUAGACAUAAAUAUGGCUGCAGACUGUCCGUGUUGGUGUAGCCUCUUUUCACUCCACUAUGUAUGCAUCCAUGUCAUUCUGGUAAAAUUAAAGUCUUUACUGUUGAGAGCCUGCAGUUUACUGCUGUUUGGCCUUCGUAGCUGAACCUCCAUACUGCUUUAUGGCAGAGCGGAGAGUCAUGCAAGUUCAUGAUUGGUGCACUACUAUCAAACAAACUGGAUCUCUCUAUCAAAGCUCUCACACUAUAUUUAGACUCUUAUGAAGAACUGAACUAAUGCUUUAAAGUUUAUUUUCAGACACCACUCUCCAUACUCUUUGUAGGUUGGCUGCUACAGAGGCCGCUGCAAUGCACAUAACCAUCAAAGCCCUCAUAUAUUAUAUCCAAUGUUGUUGGCUCAUACUAUCAGCUGUAUUGUCAUGUAACUCUGUAGACUUUAUGCAUCAACAAGCUUUAUGCAUAUAGAAAAUAUGCAGUAACAACAGAAACACGCUUAUUUGGGACAAAGCAUUUAUUUUCCUACUACAGUACAUGCACUGAGUUUCAAUGCUGAAACCAAGCAAAGGGCCAAACCACUAUGAUGACGACGUUUGCAUUUAACACCACAGACUCUGAAAUAAAAGCAGCUUCACUGUAGUGGAUGAGGCUGAUCUGUAUGCACUACUAAAUGAUCACCAUCAUCCCACUACAACUAACAGAAGGGGAUAUCAUCAUAGUAUCAUCCUGUCUUCAUGUGUAACUGUUGCUCCUCCAGUUUGCACAUGCACCAAAAUGCUCAAGCGAUUCACAUUAAAAAUAAAAGGACUCUGUAUAGGCUUCAUGUACACAGCUGUACAGACAUAGUUUGUCCCUGGCUUUGGUCCUUUAUUUCUGUGCAUCGUCCUCCUCUAUCUAACCUGGGAAGCUCUCACUCGGCUCCUUUGGCUGACCUCUCAAUGCAAAUUGCAUGCCCUCAUCUGUAAAUACUGUUUAUAGUUGUGGCAAAAAAACCCAAUGUGGGUAAAGAUUUCCUUUCUUUCUUCCCUCUGUGUCUUGUCUGUGUAAAGCGAUCUAGAUAUAGGCUUGGCUGUCUUGACCAUCUUAGAUGAAUGCAUGUUCUCUGCGUUUUUACUAACAGGAGAAAGGGAAGAAGAUAAGAAUUUGAGACACUGAAGGCUUUUCUUGAAAGCUUGGCAUCAGUAAUCUGAGCAGUUUUGUCACCACAUUUAAAAACCAAAACACGUCAGGCACUGUGUUUUGGACUUACUAACAAAACUGACAAGUCGCUAAUUCUGUUGGCUUGUCCAAAAACAAAAUUAGAUUUUUUUCUCAGUUAAAUUCUGUCUCAGUACAAAGAGGAAGAGUUCUCGAUGGCUGCUUGGAAAAGAUCAUUUUACAAUCAACAAAAGCAGCUCUAAAAUAUUUGACUUGUUACUACCUUCAUUGUGCUUUUGCUGUAUGUGUAAAUCAUUAAAGCCAGAUGCUAAAUGCUAAUGCUAACACCUAACCUCAUUGCUAGCGGAGCAUGCUAUUAACUGAAUCAGUUGUUUAGAUAUUGAGUUUUUAAGAUGUUUAAAAACACCCAACAGAGUGAAUGGAAAGUAAAACUACACCUCAACUCAUUGCAAGCUAAAAAAAGGCCUUUCAGUUCUGUGAUGAAACAGAUCUUUGGCUCCAUGACACUGUAGCAUUAUAUUAGUCUGUAGCUCAUUUAUCAAUAGCAGCCUUUAUGAGUUUAAAGGGGAAUUUAACCCCUUUGAGAUUUAGCUCUUGUUUUGAGCUACUGAACUUCUAGUUCCUGUGUUUUACAAACAGCAUAUAGAUGGACCGAGAGUACAACUUUUGUUGCCUGUACGUACAUAAAACUGUGAUAAAACAUCAUCACGAUCACACACCAGUUGAUGUCACAUCUGAGGUAUUACUUAAUACAAAUUCACAAGUUCCUGACAUGAGUCAAGUAUUUACAAACCUUAAAUUUAAUUAUGUACCUUUAAUUAUCAGUAAAAAUAAAACUGCUUUACAGACUCCAAAACCUGGAAUUCAACUGUUUAAACUAAUACACAAAUACUGCUUUUAAUUCAUUUAUUUAAGAUUUUAAAUAUUUGAACUCAGGUCUACUAUAUGCAAAUCUAUUGGACAUCACGGUAUAAGAGGAAAAUAAACAGUUGUUUAGUAUAUUAUUUCAGUGUUGUGUGGGCAUGUACAGUAGCAGAUUCUCUUGCACGGUCACUUUGUUGUUUUUGAAUGUUAGUCAAACUGAUUGUUUUAAGGGUUAGUCUGAUUGUUUUUGUUUUUUUCUUUUUCUUCUUCUUUUUUUGUCAUUCAGUCUCUUUUAAUAAGAAACUCUGGGAGAUUUAAUUUAUGUAGAAUCAGAAAAAAAAAAAAUCCCUAAGUUAUGACCCCCUCUAUUCUGGGACAACCAAGCCUUAUGAACUUUGUGAAGUGAAAAUUUUGAAUGUUUGUAUGUUAUAAAAGAAAACAUGGAUUGUUUUAUAUGUUAAUACUGCCACAAUAAAGCUCCCCAAUGAAUAUAUAUUGAAA